GGCGGGGCGGGACGGCGGUUCUCCGAGUCGGCGGAGCUGCCGGGUAGUGCCGGGGCGGCGGGGCCAUGAUCCGGAACGGGCACGGGGCGGCGGGCAGCGCCGAGCAGCCGGCCCCGGUGGGCAGGCGCGCCAUCCGGGUGUGGUGUGACGGCUGCUACGACAUGGUACACUAUGGCCAUUCCAAUCAGCUGCGCCAGGCACGGGCCAUGGGUGACCACCUCAUCGUGGGUGUGCACACUGAUGAGGAGAUUGCCAAGCACAAGGGGCCCCCGGUGUUUACCCAGGAGGAGAGAUACAAGAUGGUGCAGGCCAUCAAGUGGGUAGAUGAGGUGGUGCCUGCCGCUCCCUACGUCACCACACUGGAGACGCUGGACAAGCAUAACUGCGACUUCUGUGUCCAUGGCAAUGAUAUCACGCUGACUGUAGAUGGCCGUGACACCUAUGAAGAAGUGAAGCAGGCUGGGAGGUACAGGGAGUGCAAGCGCACCCAGGGUGUGUCCACCACAGACCUCGUGGGCCGCAUGUUGCUGGUGACCAAGGCCCACCACAGCAGCCAGGAGAUGUCCUCUGAGUACCGGGAAUACGCGGACAGUUUUGGCAAGUGCCCUGGGGGGCGGAACCCCUGGACAGGGGUAUCCCAGUUUCUACAGACGUCCCAGAAGAUCAUCCAGUUUGCUUCUGGAAAGGAGCCCCAGCCGGGGGAGACUGUCAUCUAUGUGGCUGGUGCCUUUGACCUGUUCCACAUUGGGCAUGUGGACUUCCUGGAGAAAGUGCACGGGCUGGCAGACAGGCCUUACAUCAUCGCUGGCUUACACUUUGACCAGGAAGUAAACCGCUACAAGGGCAAGAACUACCCUAUCAUGAACCUGCAUGAGCGGACCCUGAGUGUGCUGGCCUGCCGGUACGUGUCAGAAGUGGUAAUCGGGGCACCAUACUCAGUCACAGCAGAGCUCCUGGGUCACUUCAAGGUGGACCUGGUGUGUCAUGGCAAGACAGAAAUUGUGCCUGACAGGGAUGGCUCUGAUCCCUACCAGGAGCCCAAGAAAAGAGGCAUCUUCUGUCAGAUCGACAGUGGCAGCAACCUCACCACAGACCUCAUCGUGCAGAGGAUCAUCAAGAAUAGGCUUGAAGCGGAGAAGUCACUGGAAGAAAGCUUGGACCUGGAGCCUGGGCUGGGACCAUCCUGCACAGCAGUACAGGGGCCAGGCCCAGACACAGGAGACUUGCCAGUCAUGGCCUCUGGCAAGCGCACCAUGACAUGGGAGGCAGGCUCAGGUUCCCCAAGACCAAAGCUCAGUACCUCAAAUUUUGGUACUUGUUUUGUGCCUGUGUCCUGUGUCUUAGGCUGGCUGGAAGGGGAUGGCAAGAGGCAAGCAGCCGAAGGCCUCAGCUCAUGUUCACAAGGGGCUUGAGUCACCUUGUGGCCAUUUGGAGCCUUUCAGUAAUCUCAAGGUAGUGGAGGCUGCUUCCCUGUGAGUGGAGGAAGGUUGGACCCAGAGCCUCAUCACCAAGAAGGAGGCUGAGCCAGGUGUGUGCCCAGCUUUGUGGUUGGGUCUGAGAACUUCUGGAGACAUCAGGCCACUCUGGUGUAGUCACAUCCUUGCCCUGGACCUGCACACCUGCCUGAACCAGACUGGAAGCCCUUGUCCUACUCAUGAAUUCAUUGGACACAGUGGCUCUGUGCCAGUACUUGAAGAUCUCUGUGAGGGACUCUUAAGAAAGGCAGUGCCAGGGUGAGGAUUGGAGGCAGUGGGAACCCCAGAGGCAGGAAGGUCACCUGGGGUGGUACAGGACACAGGCAGGGCCUCCUGAAGGGACUCAGGAGUUCUGGCUGUUAGAAGGCAGUUUGGGAAAGCUUUGAGGUCCACCGAGUAAGGCAGGCGCCCCGAGAAUGUGCCACAGGAAGCUGGUGGAGUCAUGGCAGUGGAGCCUGGGGGUCAACCUGGCAGGAAUUGUCUGUGCCCAGAGGCUGAUGGGCUGUUAUGCUGGAUCUGUUAACCAAGUAGGAGGGCUCCUGUACACACACCAUUCCAGUGAAGCACCUGGGAGCUAGGGGCCCCUUCCUGCUUUGCGGAAGAGGGAAUCCAGGAAAGGCCCAGGCAGCUUAGCCAGAGGAAGGGGUGUCCUUGUGGAACCGAGCUGGCCUCCUGGGGCUUGCUGGGCCAGUCAACCAUUCACAAGGCACUUAUCCAGGUCCCUGUCCCUCUGCUGCCCCACCCUUUACAGUGACCUUCACUGGACACCGACUUGUUUCUUUAUUCAGGGGGUAGGUCUCAGGGUAGGAGA